AUGGCAGCCCUAGAAAUAGAAGCUAGCAACGAAACUAAUAUCCCUGAAACAGAUGUUGAGCAACAGAGAGAACAAGAAAUCAAAAUUAAGUAUUCCCAAAGGGCACAGUGGCUUAGAGCCGCAGUGCUUGGAGCCAGUGAUGGGUUGGUCUCCACAGCCUCGUUAAUGAUGGGAGUAGGAGCUGUAGAUCAGGAUGUAAAAUCCAUGAUCAUUACUGGUUUUGCAGGGAUGGUUGCCGGAGCGUGUAGCAUGGCAAUCGGAGAAUUCGUGUCGGUGUACUCUCAGUAUGACAUGGAGGUCUCUCAAAUGAAGAGAUUGAAUAAUGGUUCAGAUAAUGGAAAAGAAAGUCUGGAAGAGAUCAAGAAAGAAAUCCUGUCAAACCCAUUUAAGGCAGCUGGAGCAUCUGCUCUAUCCUUUGUUGUUGGAGCACUGGUGCCACUGUUAUCAGCUUCUUUUAUAAAUAAUUAUAAGGUGAGAUUGGGGGUGGUAAUUGCAAUGUCAAGCUUGGCUUUAAUGGUAUUUGGAGUUUUAGGUGCAGUUUUAGGGAGGGCACCUGUGAUGAAGCCUUGUUUGAGGGUGUUGACUGGGGGGUGGCUGGCUAUGGGUUUCACUUAUGGAUUGACCAAGUUUCUUGGGGUGCUUGGAAUAUCUGGAGGAAUAUGA